AAACAUAAAUUAGUAUAGAUGAAGUGCGUACUGCUGUCAAAAUCCUCUCUUCCCUCUUUCUUUGUCAGAGAGUUGAAGAAAUGUUGAUUACACACUUUAUUAAUACUACUACUUCACUACUGAUUGUCUGUUUCUUUAUCUAAUAAUCUAAUCUCUUCUCAUAUGGACUAGCAAUAAAAUACGAAAGUGGAUUGAAAAUUAAAGUUUGCAGCUUUUGUGUAUUUUUUUUGGGCAUGUAAAUUCUCUACUAGCUAUGAAGUCUCCUCUUUCACACCUCCCAAUCGCCCCCUCCCCACCCUUGCCCUCCUCCCACCCUGUCCAUCACCACAGCCCUAUGGAGUUUGGAGAAUCUAGGGUUUGAAACCAUAACCCCAUAAGUUCCAAAAGUUCAACUAGAGGUCUCUUCUUUGUUUCUUUCUUGCUCAUUUAUUAUCUUCAGGUUCAGGUUAUGUCCUGUUUUUUUGGUUGAUUUCUUGAGUUUAAUAUCUCAAGAACCUCCCCCCCCCCUACCCCCCACCCCUCUCUUUUUGGAUAGUUUUUCUUGUGUUGCAUCAUUUAGUUGGAGUCUCUUCUACUUUAGGAACUAGGACUUCACUUUUGUGUUUCUUUUACUUUGUUUUACUCGGUGAGAGAUGGAGGAGAUUGAGGAAGCUAACAGGGUGGCAGUUGAGAGUUGUCAUAGAGUUAUUACUAUGUUAUCACAACCCCAUGAUCAAAAACAGUUUGGAAAUGUAGCAAGAGAGACUGGAGAGGCUGUACACAAGUUCAAGAAAGUGGCGACACUUCUAAAUUCCAAUUUAGGUCAUGCAAGAGUAAGAAAGGCCAAGAAAAUUAUAACCCCUUUACCUCAAAACCUCUUGUUAGAGAGCCCAAGUUGCAAAACUUAUGAUCAGCCUAAAUCCCUACAGUUACUGCCUAUCACAGAAAUUGGUUCUAAUGUGAAAAGCACUCUUACUUUAGCCAACCCUUCACUAGAAUUAAGCUCACAUAGUAAAAAUCCUCUUCAGUUAGCUCAACAAACACCGUUGUCAAGCUAUCACUUUCUCCAACAACAGCAACAGAGGAGGUAUCAACUUCAGCAGCAACAGUUAAAGCAGCAGACAGAUAUGAUGUACCGGCGAAGCAAUAGUGGGAUUAGCCUAAAUUUUGAUAGCUCUACUUGUACGCCAACUAUGUCAUCCACUAGAUCGUUUAUUUCCUCUUUGAGUAUUGACGGAAGUGUUGCUAACUUGGAUGGUAAUGCAAAUGCCUUCCAUUUUAUUGGGGCAUCACGCUCUGCGGAUCAGAGCUCAUUUCAACACAGGAAAAGGUGCUCAGGGAGGGGAGAGGAGGGAAGUGUGAAAUGUGGAAGCAGUGGUAGAUGUCACUGUUCCAAGAAGAGGAAGCACAGGGUGAAGAGGUCAAUCAAGGUGCCUGCUAUAAGUAACAAGCUAGCUGAUAUUCCCCCGGAUGAGUAUUCAUGGAGAAAGUAUGGACAGAAGCCAAUCAAAGGUUCUCCGCACCCUAGGGGAUACUACAAGUGUAGCAGCAUGAGAGGCUGUCCUGCCAGGAAACACGUUGAGAGAUGCUUGGAAGAACCUUCGAUGCUUAUUGUCACUUACGAAGGAGAACAUAACCAUUCUAGGUUGCCAUCUCAAUCGGCAAAUGCAUGAGAUCUUUAGAGAAUGCUAGCAAAGAUCAUCGAUCACAAGCCUCGGGAAAUUUCUCAUACUAUUUUUGACCAGCUUCAAUUGUUCCUGUACAUAUUUUGCUUUGAAGUGCAAAUGUGGACAAAUACUAGUUCAAAAUUGGGAUGUCUAUUAGGUAUAUGGAAAGGCAACUGCGAAGCCAGGUUCAUGUAGAAUGAUGCAGUGAAACUUUGAGGUUUCCUAAUUGUAAGAAUAUCCUCAUCAAGUGUGACUCAAAGUUAGGAAUUUUGCAAAUUUUCUGUUGUGCUGAUUUAAUAAUAGGAUGCAGAUCUUCGGUUGAA